GGAAGAGAGUGGGAGGUUCCACUGGCAUGACGUCGCAAUUGGCAGUGUCUUUCUUCAGCGUCGACUCGAUGUUUCUCUCUCUCCCUCUGUGAUCAGUGGGUGAGAGGGGGGUGACAGUAGCGUCAGACACAGCGGCGGAUACAGGCGUGCUACUUGGAGUCAUCAUCUUGUUGGCUCAUCCUUUCUUCUCAUCUUCGGUCCUGGAUCCCGCGGGAGAAAUACGAGACAAUUGAGUCUACGCCGCGUUCAGCUUUAUUUGUAGCCUAUUCUGAAUGACGGGCGGAAGGUUCGACUUCGACGAUGGAGGAACUUACUGCGGGGGGUGGGAGGAUGGCAAAGCCCACGGACACGGCAUCUGCACCGGACCCAAGGGCCAGGGCGAAUACGCCGGGUCUUGGUCCCACGGCUUUGAGAUAGUGGGGGUCUACACCUGGCCAAGUGGGAAUACAUAUCAGGGCUAUUGGUCUCAGGGGAAACGACAUGUCGGAGUGGAGACCAAAGGAAAGUGGCUUUACAGAGGAGAGUGGAGUCACGGUUUUAAGGGUCGCUACGGGGUUCGUCAGAGCCAUAAUACACCUGCCAGAUAUGACGGGACCUGGAGUAACGGGCUUCAGGACGGAUACGGGAUCGAAACCUAUGGCGAUGGAGGUACGUAUCAGGGCCAGUGGAUGGGUGGCAUGCGCCACGGCUACGGCGUGCGUCAGAGCGUGCCCUACGGCAUGGCCACCGUCAUCCGCUCCCCUCUGCGCACCUCCCUGGCGUCCCUGCGCUCCGAGCAGAGCAACGGCACCGUGCUGCAGGACCUCUCCGCGGGGGGCGACGCUCCCAGCGGGGGGCGAGGCGGCUUCGUCCUCAACUUCCACUCGGACGGCGAGGCGGCGAGCGGGAAGAAGAAGGGCCUGUUCCGGCGAGGCUCGCUCUUCGGGAGCCUGCAGCGGCUGCGGAAGUCCGACUCUCGGACGUCCAUCUCCAGCAAGCGCAGCUCGGCCCGCAGCGACGCCGCCAUGAGCCGCAUUAGCUCCAGCGACGCCAACUCCACCGUCUCCCUGGGCGACGGCGAGCUGCCUGACGAGGACAUGCCGUCGGAGGACCACGUGGACGCCACCACCACCGAGACCUACAUGGGGGAGUGGAAGAACGACAAGCGCAACGGCUUCGGCGUCAGCGAGCGCUCCAACGGGAUGAAGUACGAAGGGGAGUGGGUGAACAACAAGAGGCACGGCUACGGGUGCACGGUUUUCCCUGAGGGCACCAAGGAGGAAGGAAAGUACAAAAAUAACGUUUUGGUGCGUGGAAUACGGAAGCAGUUGAUUCCUCUUAAGAACCAAACCAAAGAGAAGGUGGACCGGGCCGUGGAGGGGGCCCAGAGGGCCGGGGCCAUCGCCAGGACUAAAGUGGAAAUAGCAGCUUCCAGGACUGCUCAUGCCAGGACAAAAAGCGAGGCAGCAGACCAGGCCGCUCUCUCUGCCUGCCAGGACUCCGACAUCGCCAGGGCUGUUGCUAGGGAGCUCUCCCCCAACUUCCACCAACCAGGUCCUGACUAUAUCAAGCAGCAGUUCAUGGACCCUGUAGAGAUCACGGAGGCCCCUGUGGAGAAGGAGAACUCCCCCUCGAAAUCGCCCCCCUCCUACGGCAAAGGCACCCCCCCAGCCGCCAGCCCAGGCCCCACCCCUCCCCCCUCGCCCCACUCCAAAAAAAAAGUGCAGCUCGCCAACAGCACCAGCAGCCGCAAAUCCAGCAAAGAGGAAAAGCCAGGGCGCAAGACCAGCAAAGAGGAGAAACUCACCCGCAAGACCAGCAAGGACGAGCGUCCAAGCAGGAAGGUCAGUAAAGAUGAGAGGGCAUCCGCUGUGGAGCCCCUUAAACCCCUCCCACCCCAGACUGCCCCGGCCAGGCAGGAGGAGGCCCCUCCGAAGCCCCCCAAGGCCCCAGAGUCCACCCCCGCUCUGGCACCCCCUCUCCAGGCCCAGGCGGUAGUGUCGAGCCCAGCGAAUGGACAGCUCCACACCCAAUACCACAGCUACUACGUCAAGGCCCCUACCAAGGGUCCUCCACCCCCAGACCUAGAGGAGGGGGAGGAUGAAGAUCUCAGUCAGGUCGCCAUGGCACGCAUGGCUCCGCAACCCCCCAAGUCCUACGGAGCCUCCACCUUCAAGCCCACACCCAACAGUAAGAGUGAACCCAAACUCAGGAAGCAGGAUUCCCUAAAGCCAAAGAGCCUCGCAGAGACGAAGAAAGCCAGCAUGGACAUUGCAGAUGCUAUAGAGGUGGAAGCUGGUCCUAACUCAAUCCUGGUUGCCAUGGUUAUGCUUUUGAAUAUUGGCUUAGCAAUCAUAUUUGUCCACUUCCUGACAUGAUCACCUGUUUCUCAGAGAAGCCAUGUCAACUGGUUCAGCUGCAUCGCCAGCCUUUGAAAAAUCCAAACGGCGCCGGCCAACACAGGGAGGCAUUCGAAGGUGCUCGGGAAUCAGCGUGGCACAGGAACUGUGAGGGAACCAAUCACCAGUCACCCUGUCACGGGCCGAACACAGCCCGGUGUCCCCCUGUUUAACACUUUAACAUUUACAUUUAGUCAUUGAGAAGACGCUCUUAUCCAGAGCGACUUACAGUAAGUACAGGGACAUUCCCCCGAGGCAAGUAGGGUGAAGUGCCUUGCCCAAGGACACAACGUCAGUUCGCAUGACCGGGAAUCGAACUGGCAACCUUCGGAUUACUAGCCCGAUUCCCUAACCGCUCAGCCACCUGACUCCCUGACUUUCUUCGGUUCCUGUGAGAGCUGGAGGGAACUGUUGUGUCUAGGGAGUAAAAAAUUGUUUAAAACACACACGCCACACAUAUAUAAACAUACACACAUUUGAGAAGUAAUUGAAACCCACAUCACGUGUGCUGCCCCCCCAGCAGGGAGCCAAGGCUUACUUAGCCACUCCCCCUGCCGUCGCGGUCCCAGCAGGACUGACUUUACUGGAAGAGUGUGUAGAUGCACUUUUAGUUGACAGGAUGGAACAGCUGCCUUACUAUUUUACCACCCGACGUUUUCAUAGGAAGAUGUGAGCGUGGCGGCCAGAGGACUGUGUUGUUGUAGGUAAAGCAUUUUAAAUGUUGGGAUGGCCCUACGUUCAUGCAUGCAACCCUCGAUACAGGAAACUGGAUACGGCCAACGCUGGCGGUCAGUGCUAGCCCGGUCACUUGCCAGUCUUACUCUGUUACCCCUUCCACCAUGCAACGUUUUCAAGCUCCUCCCACAAUUACCCAGGAGCUUCUGCUUCUACAUGCUCCCUGUGCAUGUUUGAACAACAUUUUUGUUGUGUUUUUCAUAGUUUUUUUUGUUUGUUUGUUUAUUUGUUGUUGUUGUUAAUUGAAUGUUGGUUACCUGCAGUCAUAGACCACUUGUUGAGAAAGAAAAAGCCUUGCUUGGAACUAAAUCCAUAUUGAUCAAGUGAGGAUCAGUUGAAGAUUACCCAUCGUUUCCCAUUUAUUUUGGAAGUCUAAAAACAAGUUUGAAGGAUUUAAGAGUUUAAUGCUUAUUUUAUGUGCAAUAUUUUUAUUUUUUGUCAGAGGAAUUAUAUAUUUUGCCAAAAGAAAUAAUUUAACUAACUCCUAUUAUGUUAAUUUCUACAUAUUCAGCAGGUAGGAAUGCUCUCAUUUAAAAUAACUGGAUUGGGUCAAUUGAACUGUUCACAGUGUUACUUGGUACAGUUGUAAGGACAAUGACAUGGUAACCGGCCUUAGCUAUAGUAGCUCUUUGUGACUGAUGUAUGAAAAGUCUUAUGGAAAUGUUAUUUAUUUAAUAAAAAUUUAAAUAUUUUGUUGGUAUUGCAACACAAACUAUAUUAUUGUGCAUGGGAUUUUUAGCAUAAUUACUUUCAUUAUUCUUCUCUGCUUCCAAUGUUAUACCAAGUAAGCUGUGAAGAGCCAUUGAUGCAGUUGUCCAGGUUUAGUUCAAACACCUGCUUUAUGAAACAUUUGGAGUCUGCUUGAGUCUGGGGCUUGGGAACACUGGAUUGGAUGAAAGAAGCUGUUGGUGAAUUUGUUCAGGUUGAAUCUGUGGUGAUGUGGUUAAGAGUGAUGCCUUUAAGUCUGCACUGCUGUUUACCUCAGAAGAUGAUGAAGAAGAGGGGGGAGGAAGGAACCUCAAACAAUCAAAUCCUCGUCUUAAUUUUGUUGUGUGAGGAACUGUAAUGACUGUUUCAAUUAUCAAAAACAUUGUUUUUAAAUGUGCAACUUCAUUGUAACUGUUUGUGGACUUUGUUGCAGUUACAGCAUGAAUUUAUUUAAUUUGAAUGUGGAUUAAUAUGAAUAACAUUUUCUGUUAGCACUUUGAAGGUUAAUUAUUUAUUCAUUAUACUGUUCAUAGGUAUAUUGCUUCAGAUAUUAGUCUUCACUAAAAAGGGCUUGAAAAUUUGUUAGAUUUGCUUUUUAUGCAAUUCUGUUUUGAGAUGUGAUUCUUGACUAGUAGAUUAUUCGGCGUAUUACUUUUGGAGACUGCUUCACCGGGCAAUGUUGUUGAAUUUCUUCCACAAUUAUUUGUGCUAUCUGCUGCAAAAGAAGAUGUUUAUGAUGAAGAACCAUUGGAAGAAAACUAUCCCAAUUAUUUUCUGUUAAUUUUUACUUGGCAACAUUUAAGGCAACUUUACAUUGUGUAGUAAAAGUUCCAGACUGUGAUGUUUGAUGUCUGUGAUGUCAAGGUAAUGCAGUUAGCUUUAUUUGGCAGCAAAACAUAUUACUUUAUUAUAACCUUUUUCAUUGGAAAUCUGUUGUCCACGCCCUCCUUCUUAACCUCUUCCCUCUUUUUUCAGCAAGCUGAAAGGUGACCUACUGAACAAUCUCAAACAGGCAGCAUGAGGGAUAUUUUUGGGAAAUGCAACGUUGCAUGUUGAUAACAUUUAUAUAUAGAUUAUAUACUAUUUGUAAGGAUUUUUACAGAGCACAAUCCAGAAUCUGGUAUAAGUUGGUAUUUUUCUAACAAUUUGCACAGUUGUAUUUUAACAAUGGGUAUAACUUGUUUGUAAUUGGUAAUGUAAUGCACAUAUGGUAACAUUUGACAGUUCAGAAUAUUGGUUGUAAUCUGUGUACCAUUUGGAAUGUGAGUGGCAGAUAUACUUGUUUGGCUAAUUUACAAAAAGCGAGGAACUGUGUGAGACUUUUGAUAUCUCAAAGUUCAUGUUACCCCAUUGAUUUGUGCGAAGUCUUUGGAGAUGUAUUUCUGUGUAUAACAAUAAAGACGUUAUGCCUUGUACACCAAA